GGUCUUGCGAAAAUUGCUCCUAGUCUGAACUGCAAUGAACAACCUUGCAUCGCCGGUCAAAAUAUCAUGGCGAAUUGCUAUUAUGAUGGAGAAAGCUGCGGGUCUAACAUGAUAUUUGAAACCGUUAUUAGAUUAUAUUCUCCGAUAGGCAUUGGCUUCGUGAAAUGCGUUCUGCUUUGUUCGUGUAUAAGCACAGAAUUCAUUAUAGUGAAUGGACAGUGUGUGCGUAAUUCGCGUAAGGAAAUUGGAAUUGAAUCGCAAAACUUCGAGUGCAAACAGAAGAAUUGUGCUCUUGGAGAAACUAUUAUUGAUCCUUCGUGCGCACAAAUUGGAACAAAAUGUGGAACUAAUAUGAUAUUUCAAAUUGCCGACAAAUUGAAAUCUUUCAACAGUACAGCCUUAUUAACGAAGUGCAUAUUGCGCUGUGACUGUGACAGUGGUAAUUUCAUUGAGAAAAACGGCCAAUGCAUGAAAGUUUUUGAUGAGCCAAAUACGACUUUGAGUAAUCUGCUCACUGCAUCAAAACGCGAUUACAAACAGCAGAACCACGCUCUUGGAAAAAUUACUAUGGCCUUUCCAUGUGUACAAGUUGGAAGAAAAUGUGGAAUUAAUAUGAUAUUCAAAAUAAUCGACAGAAUGGAACCUUUGAGCAGUGCACCAUGGUUAACGAAAUGUAUAAUGAAAUGCAGCUGUGAUAAUGAUAAUUUCAUUGAGAAUAAAGGGAAAUGUGUAAAAAUUUUUGAUGAUCGAAUUACGAUUUCAAGCAGUCAGCAGUCGUCAAAUCAACUGAAUUUAGGCAUUCGACUAAUAUUAAUUAGCGCUACUUUUUUAACUUUCGAUAAGCCUAAGCCUAACUUUUCAUGCCAUCGUUUCGUUAUUGCAGUGUGGCACAAAAAAUUGUUACAAGUUACUUUUGAUCCUUCAUGUCAACAAAUUGGCAAUAAAUGCGGACUUAAUAUGGUAUUCAAUUUAAUUGUCCAAAUUCUUAUAAAUUCCUGCUUUAUACGAUGUGAAUGUGAAUAUGGAUUUGUCGAAAAGGAUGGCCAAUGUUUAAGGCAUUCGAUCUUUAGAGAGGUAACAACGACAAAUGAGGAUUUUAUAGCAUCCGAUUUGCCGAGAAUUAAUGAGAAAUUUUACAAUUCCGAUUGCCGACAAACUCAGUUGGCUUGCGGCAGAAAUAUGAAAAUAAUUUCGAUUUGGAAAAAUCCCGUCGAUCAGCAAAACCGAUUUGCUUGCACACAAUUCUGUGCGUGUAAUGAUGGAUUUGUUGAAAUUAAUGGACGAUGCAAAAGAGUAAAGCAAUUUUAA